GAGGGGAGGGGGCAGUACAGGGGAUCAUGUCACCGGUUCUCCCUCCUGAUGGCUCUGGUGUAUAGGUGGCUCUCCAUGAUCUGUUUACUGGGGUUUUCUUGACCAGGAGUCCGUGAGGUUUUUAAGUUAAACAAUGUUGAGAGACACCAUGAAGUCCUGGAAUGAAAGCGCGGAUAUAUACAGUAGUGACCAAGAAGAGGAGGAGGAGGAGGAAGAGAUGAUCUUUGGUGAAAAUGACGAUGACCUUGAAGAAUUGAUGGAUUUUAGUGACCUUCCAACAUCUCUGUUUGCGUGUAAUGUACAUGAAUCCGUCUUUGAGUUAGAGGAUCAGAAGGAAAGAUUCAAAGCUCUUUUUACAAUAUAUGAUGACCAGGUUUCUUUCCAGUUGUUUAAAAGCUUCAGGAGAGUGAGAAUUAAUUUUAGUAACCCAGAAGCAGCAGCUCGAGCAAGAAUUGAACUGCAUGAGUCUGACUUUAAUGGAAAGAAGCUGAAAUUGUAUUUUGCCCAGGCCCAGGUAUCUAAUGAAGAAGGAGAGAAAUCCUUCCUGUUACCUCCUCAGCCAACGAAACAGUUCCUGAUUUCACCACCAGCAUCUCCUCCUGUAGGAUGGAAACAAAGCGGGGACCCAACACCAACGCUCAACUAUGAUUUGCUAUGUGCGGUUUCAAAGCUUGGGCCUGGGGAGAAGUAUGAACUGCAUGCAGGCACAGAGUCGACUCCUAGUGUGGUGGUUCAUGUGUGUGAGAGUGAAAAUGAGGAAGAGGAGGAUGAAAUGAAGGCGCUGAAGCAAAAAAUAGUUCAGACUAAGCGUCCGUCUUUAAACUAGUUUGACGCCUUUUAUCAGUUUAAAAAUAUUUUAAAAAUAUAUAGAAUUGGAAGACAUAUCUUAAAAAGGGAAAUGUAGACCUUAAUAUUCACUUUAUGUACAUAGCUAAAGACAAUCUAGGUUAUGUUAUCAAACGUGGUAUAAAUGCCGUAUUUAUUUCAUGUACUUUUUAUUUACUAUAAUGUAUCUGUUACAUUUCUCACAUUUAUCAGUGUUUUAGCCAAACUUUGACGGCAGUCAAAUGUAUUUUUGUGUCCCAUGCCACUGUUUUAAAGGGGCUAUCCCUCUUAGCAAGGAAGUUAACCACUUAAAGAAGAGUUGUUCCCAAACGCUUCGGUGAAAUAGACGACUUGUCUAAACUACAGGGUAUUAGCUUUUUUUGUAUGGGGCAUUGUCCUUAGUCAGCCAAGUUCCUCACAGCCUCUGAUGGUCCGGUAUGGUGGCCUGUGCAGCUCUUUGUCAUAUGAUGAACUGCAAGUAGCAGCACCGAGGAGUAUUGUCGUCCUUCCAGUAUUAUUGUUCCGUUAACAUCAGUGGAAAGAACACGGGAAAGGACCCUCAAUUAUAGGGUGUCUACCAUGGUAAGAACAUU